AUGGGCAAAUUUGCAUGUGCAAAAUCUGUUCUGGACCAGUGGCCUCCGGAGGCGACCCUCCUCAUCGCGGCCUACGACGGCAAUGUCUGCCGCCUCAAGGAGAUCGCGAGGGGCCUGGACGUCAACGGGAGGGGGGUCAAUUCGGUGCUACGUCAAACAACCUUCAAGGGCAUGGACGCCCUCCACGCCGCGGCUGGUGGGAAGGGCAAGCUACCAAUCUGCCGAUACCUCGUCGAGGAGGCCAAGAUGGACAUCAACAAGCGUGAUACCUUUAAAGGUAAGAGCAUGACACCACUACAGCAUGCUGUGUUCAGUGGGAACCUCCCUAUCGUGAGAUUUCUUCUUGAUCAUGGUGCUGAUCUCCAUCAAGAAGGCAGUCUAGGAGGAUCAGUUUCAUACUUUAUUUUGUGUUCAGCCAAUGAAACUGAUGGAUUGUCCAAAAGACGGUGUGAAAUAGCAAAACUUCUGCUUCCUAGGGGAGCUUACGUUGAUGGCAAAUCAUGCCAUAUGACACCACUACAGCUUGCGGUUCAUGGAGGGCAUGAUAGUACUCUGAAGAUUUUGUUGGACCACAAUGCAGAUGUACUCUGA